AUCUUGUGUUGAACUUUGCAUUAACACUGCCCAGCUUCAUCACCCAGCGAGUCCAGCAAUGCAUCGCACGAGACACCUCACACACCGGGACUUCCUUCGUGACUUCCUUCGUGACUUCAGCGUUUGUUCCAUCGGCCCGGAUCAUGGUUGCACCGUCCAACGCGUUUGUUUUGGCCAUCCGAGCCGUCAACGAGGAUGCGAUCCAUCGGAACUCGCCACUGCACGACACAAUCACCCUCAACCUUCGGCACGUCGCCCAUUACGUUUGUCGUCGUAACCCCUUGCAGCCCGUCACCGGAAGCAUGUCGCCAAGACGGCCCGAUCCAGAGCCUGUGUCGUCGAUGCUUUGAGCCUCUGUCCGAUGUUGAUCCCGCCUCAUCGAGAUGCCGCCUCACCGUGACGCGCGCCCAGGUCGGCAACAAUCGUAACUCUCACCUUGCGUAUCCGACUGUAGACUCACACGCAAAUCUCCCCGCACCCGAAGCGAUGUGUACGCGGCGCUCGAACAGAGACAAUCACCGCAAUCAUGCGACGUGGAAGUCUAAUAUCCUUGGUUCAUCUGCAAAGGCAGCUUUACUUUCGCCCGGGAAGCUUCAGAUCCCGAAUUUGCAUAACCGCAAGGCCUCCAUGGAAAGGCCUCGAAGGAUACUUGAACCUAUUAUGGUAGUACUGAAUUUUGGCGUCACAAUUCGUUCACUCCUUUUGCCAUCCGAUGUUGUGUCUGCGCGAAUUGACAUUCUGGAUGAACCCAAUCCUAGAUGCCAUCUCUCGUCACUUUGUCAAAAUUCCCCGUCGAAUCUCUUCAACCACUUUCCCGUCGACAAAAAAGACACGUUUCUCGUCAAUUAAGUUGCUCGUUUCGUCAUCAUGUUCAAUCAACUUCACCACCGCAUAACCUCUCGUUACAAGCAUCAUACUCAAAUCAUCCCGCACCGGAACUCUGAAUCCCCACCAUGCACGAUAGUCUUUCUCCAGCCUCCUUACUGCGGAGAUGGAUGACUCUAGGACAACUUCAGACUCGUUCUGUGUUGACAAUCACGAGUACAAAAACCCGCGACGCGCCGCCGUAAUGGUAUCCAGAUCAAAUCAACAUCCACCUCAUUCGUUUACUAUUUCUUGGUUCUAAGAACGAAGAUGAAAAGCACUCUCUUUUGUGCCCUUCAGGGCGCCCUCGGGGCCGUGGCUUACGAAUCGUUGGCUCACUUCACCUACGACGGCGAGCGUGGCGAUUGUCGCACGCUCGACGGAUGCGGCAAAGCUGG